GGGUUCCUUUUCGUGACAUUCAGUCAGACGCCUCACUCGCCUCCAAGUCAAGCUCACAGAUUCUAAACUCAUCAUAUAAUUACUGAAAUUCCCUAAUCGAGUCAUUCUGACAGUGGGUACCGCAGUUUCUAAGACGGAAUCGAAAUUCCUCAAUUCUGGUAGUAUCUCGUAAAACGGGACAUCAUCGUGAACCAUGGGCCCCAUCAAAAUUUGCCUUCUUAUUCUAGGAGCAGGUCUCCUGAUUUCGCCGUCUGCUAACGCAAAGUGCAUCAACGUAACCUUACCCAACGUCCUCAACUUGGGAUCCUGCCUCGGCCCAACUCUCGUCACGUGCCCGGACACGUCCGAUGGCCUCUUGGUGGACCUCGCUAGGAUCCUCCGCUGCGUCCUCCAGAUCCUGCCUCAAGUUGGCAACCCCGUAUCGGUACUGCAUAACCUCGUUGGCCUGCUCGAAGCUGUCGUCGCAAGGUUGGGACUGUCGCCUGACAUCGGCGCCCUUUCGAAGAUCCUCUGUGAACCGUUGGGACUCCCAGUUUUCAACUGUGGCGCCAUCAGUCCUGGCAACAUCACAUGCGAGACACCUAUCGAUAUCAGCCUGCCUAGCGUUUUCAACAUCGGCCACUGCCUCAACACGACGCUUCUGUUCUGCGCUGAGGGCUCGACCAUCACCGAGCCCAUCCUGAACGAACUCGUCAGGUCUCUUGGCUGCAUCCUUUCUGCGGCACCCGAAGGGCUUCAGCUGGACCUGGCUCGAUCCUUGGUGUGCCCUCUUGUGAACGUGGUCACUUCGUCGCUUGACGAGUUCACCGAGUUCCUGCCCUUUCGCUUUCUUACCCGAGGAAUCACGAGAACGGUGCAACAAUUGACGACCACUUUGGUAGGAUCCGCGCCCUCCUGUUAAUUACGGCGUGCGCGCCUAACAUAUCAUCCUCAUCGACAAAGUACGCAGGAAAGAACUCUUGUUAAAAAUGUGUUUUCGGAGCUUCUUAACCCCUGACCGUAGUCACAUUGAUGGACCAUUUUAGGGCACGCAUAAAAACAUCCAAGACAU